AAGUGUAUAUGCCCCCCUCCCUCCAAAAGUACAAAAUAUAACUUGCAAGCAGGUGUUGCUUGUAGCAGAACAGAGCCAAAUGGCAUUCCUCGCUCAGCCCCCGCUCUGCCUCUUUCUCUUGGUGUUCAUCUCGUCCUCCUGGUCCAUGGGGGCUGCAGCUGCGGCGUUUCCUAUUUCGGAAGGGCUCGUGUGGAAAGACCGCAAGUAUUUCCAGGUCCCGGCAGACAUAAAAAGGAGUGAGAUUCUCGCCUUCCUCUCUGGGCUGGCCGACUGGGUGUCCCACGUGAAUGAAGCCCCCCUGUCAAGGCAGGAGAAGACUGACCUCCGUCCCCGGCAAGAGCGAGCGACCUUUCCUCAGCCCCCAGUUCGGGAAAAAGCGCCUUGCAAGAACUUCUUCUGGAAGACGUUCUCCUCCUGCUAACAGGACUAUGUCCCCGGAAUGCUUCCUUAGCACCAUCGGACUCUCUCGAGAUGAGUACGAUCAGUGACAGC